AUGGCAAGUCAGAGGCCUCCAUCCAGUAUGGGCCGGCCUAUGAGUCGUACUGGAUCAGUGGUACCGGGAAGUGGAAGACCUAUAACAGCUGUUCGCCCUCCUCCUACUGCCAUCCGCAUACCAACUGGACUGAUUCCAGGUACAGGUGUGCAUCCUGGUUUAAGAGCUCUCGUUACCAGUCCUGGAAUCCUGUCAGCACAGAUUAAAGUGACUGAUAGGCCUGUGACCCAACAGGGGCUCAGUGGGAUGAAGACAGGGUUGAAGGGACCUCAGAGGCAAAUUCUGGACAAGUCUUAUUACUUGGGUCUUCUUAGGAGUAAGAUCAACGAGUUAACCACAGAAAUCAGCAAACUCCACAAGGAGAUCGACACCUUCAACCAGGAAAACUCUGUCUAUCUGUCAUAUGAAAAGAGAGCUGAAAGUUUGGCUGCUGAGAUCAGGGAUCUGCAGGGCCAGCUUGCUGACUAUAACAUGUUGAUGGAUAAGCUCAACACCAAUUCAGACAUGGAGGAAAUGAUCAACGACUACAACAGCCUGAAAGCCCAGAAUAACAGAGAGGCUGAAAGCAUUGACAGCAUCUUUAUUGAAAGACGAGAAAGGGAGGACGCCAUCAGGGUCAUUGAAGAGGAAAUCAAGAAGGAGAGGCGUGUCGCAGAGGAGAUUGUCCAAGCAAUGCCGGCUGCAAAGCAAGAGAAAUAUUUCACCAUGACGACGGACAAUGAGGAGCUGUUACAGGAGCUGGCUCUUCUCCAAGAGGAACUCGAUACAAUGCUGACCCGUAAGGAGGAAUACGAAGCAGAGCUGGCCCACUCGCAGAUAAAGCAAGAAGUAGUUCGGCUCCAUGAAACUUUGUCAACAUUAGAGGCAAAGCGGGACAACAUGGAGGCGGAGCACAAAAGCUUUAGCACACCUCAAGAGGAAAGAGAGAAACUACUGAAACAGGUGAAAGAGGACAAUCAGGAAAUUGCCAGCAUGGACAGACAGCUGGUGGAGAUCAGGGAGCGGUCAAGUCAAAUUGCAGAGGAGAUAAGACAACAGGAGCAGGACUCCGAGGAAGCUCAAGGGGAAUGCCAACAGAAGUACAAAGUUCUGAAGAAGAAAGAGGAGGAAAUUGAUGGAUUCCUGGAGGCCUUUGAGGAUUUAAAGACUCAAGAGCACAACAAGAUGGCUCAGAGUCAGGAGAGCAUUGUCUCUCUCUUGGAGCACUGCAGCAGGAACAUGUUGCGGCUCUGCCGAGUGGAUACAAUUACCGCCAGCGAGCUAAGGAACAUGCAAGACGUUCUGGUCAGCAAGGAGACAGAGGUGUCGCAGUCAGCCAGCACCGCCAGGGGACUGACCACUGAGUCUCACCGCUUGCAACAAGACCUGGAGAAAGUGCAACAGCUGGAGGGUAAGAUCACAGCAGAGCUGAGCACACUGAAGGAAAAUGUCAGCCAGAUGGAGUCAGAGCUGCUCACCUACAGGGAUCUUGAAACUCUAAGACACACCGCAGAAGAGAGGAAAACUAGACUGCAGGAGGAGCGUGUUGCCCUCACACAACGGCGAGACUCUUUCCGACAGCUUUUGGAGGAAAUGAGCCAGCAAUAUGAAGCGCUGAAGACCAAGCUGGAAGAGAAUGAGACCCACGCACAGUUGGCUAACCUGGAGAGGAAGUGGCAACAUUUGGAGCAAAACAACUUUGUCAUGAAAGAAUUCAUCGCCUCAAAAUCUCAGGAAAGCGACUUCGCCUCCGUUUCCAAGAACGUCUACGAACAAGUUGCAGAUUACAACAAGUGCCUCAUAGACUCACUGCAGAACAUCAGGAGCUAA